UCUUAUGUAUUGCAUUUUAAUUCGUCUACAAUUAAACAAUAACAAAUAGCCUCUGUCCUAGAAAAUGAAACGUUUGUUGGAUUUGCUGCUAUUAAGUUUGUAAAUUAACUACUUUCGCACGUAACAGCAAACAUACUAUAGUUUUCGUAGUGUUUCCGUGUUUCGUAGGUACACAUGAAAACGUCGUCAAAGUCCAGUAGUGUUGUACGUUUCAGAGAUGACUGUGGUGAAUCUGUCCUUCGCUGCGUGUGGGUUUUUGGGCAUCUACCACUUGGGAGCUGUGGGGGCUUUUCUCCGUCAUGGGGACAAGCUGAUGACCUCCCUCAAGUCCUGUGCGGGGUCCUCAGCUGGGGCCCUUGUUGCUGCCGUCAUGCUUACGGCUCCUGAGAAAGUCAAGCACUGCGAAGAAUUUACGUACGAUUUUGCUGAAAAUGUGAGACAGCAGAAGUUUGGAGCAAUCACUCCUGGUUUUAACGUCUUGUCCAAGCUGCGGGAAGGGAUUGAGGAGUUUCUGCCUGUUGAUGCACACAUCCUGGCAUCUGACCGCCUCCAUGUCUCAUUGACACACUUAACAACUGGCAAGAACCUGAUUGUGUGUCAGUUUAACUCCAGAGAGGAGCUCAUACAGGCACUCCUGGCCAGCAGCUUUGUCCCAGUUUACUCCGGGCUUCAACCUGUGGCGUUCCGGGGACAGAAAUGGAUUGAUGGAGGCUUCACAGACAGCCUUCCAAUCCUGCCUGUUGGCCGAACCAUUACAGUGUCCCCAUUUGCUGGACAGCAUGACGUGAGUCCGUUGCACAAGGGCCUUGGAUUCAAAACCCAACUCAGGCUAGCUAACAUGAGCAUAUUGUUCUCCACGGAAAACAUCAAACGACUGAACCAGGCUUUAUUCCCACCAUCUAUCAAUGGAAUGCAGUCCCUCUGUCAGGAGGGUUUUGAUGACGCCACCAGGUUCCUGAAGAUAGAGGGCUGGAUGAACUAGAGGCCUGAGAGUCAACAAAUGGGCAGUAUGUGAAAGCAACAACUUCCCCUCAGGGCAGUAUGUGAUGUUCUGACUUCACUCAAUAUUUCAGGAAGAAAGGAUAUACUGUAAAUUUAAGCAUUGAUUUGUGAAACAGAGAUUGAGUCUCUGAAUUGGUUGCCUGAUCUUAGUGAGCCAUCCCACAGUGCAUUUGAUUUUGUUGAGUUGUUUCUUUUUAUAAGAAGUUGAUUCGCAGUCAUGGUUAGAAUACUUUAUUUUUUUACCCAUUAUGUUAUGUAAGCUUACCUGCGUUGUCUGAGCACAACACUUCCCUGAACUGACUUUAAAUAUGAAGCAAAUUAUUUGUAUUUCAUCCGACUUUGCUGCAAAAUUCACAUCCACUAAUAGAGCAGAUAAAAGGAUUCCUAGAAUGGCCCACUGGAGGAGCUGACUUUGCAAUUUGGAGACAAGCCUGGGAAGCUAUUAAUUAAUAAUUACAGGAAUGCAUUAAUAGUCAGGUUUUUUAUCAUUUACUGUAUGAUUGUAGUUUAUUUUAGUUGUAGUUUGCUCUAGAUAACGUGGCAGCCUCCUACCAGGCGAUAGCAAGAACAAAAACGUCUAAUCAUCAGAACUGUUAGAACUACUGCCUGUUAAAGAAAUGAUGACCACACGUGUAUUCAGCAAUCUUCCACACAUGCUCACGCACAUGAACAAACAUGUACACCUUGUUUCCAACUGUUUUGCUUGCCGUCUCCUUUUUGUAACAUCCAUGUAAAUAAGGGGCGUCUUAAAACUAAAUAAAUAGAGGUGCUGAGGAGAGGAUAAUCAGAGCGUGCAAGAGGUGAAUUGUACGAGACAGUUCCUCCUCUCUCCUCGCGAGACUUGAACUAGUGUCUUUGCUUCCUUUAUUGUCCUGUUCAAUGAAUGUCUGAUUGGUGAACCUGACACAAUACUAUCUUUUUUAUUUAUUUAUUUUUUUGUACUAUGAGAUUAAUACCAUGAUUAAACCAAACUGUGAACUAUAAAUGUUGUUACAUCCCUAGCAUUUAAUGAUUUGAAAUUGUUCGGCAGGCUACUGAUUGAGUGUAGUGUCUCUUGGGUAUCCUGGCUGGGGCCCAAAUUAGGAAGAAUGCAAAAGGUUUAAUGCAUUAUUUUAUUGUGUACAUUAAAUUAAAUU